AUGUCGCACAUUGUCAAGAUCCCGUACACAGUGGGCGGUGAAACCACAGAGUGCGUUGUCGAGAUCGACAGGGACGAAUUGCAAACCCCUUGGGGCUUUGGCGACAUGCACGCCCACACAAUGGCAGAGUUCACCAGUCAGCUAUUCUUGAAAAUCCAGGCAGGUGCCAAAGUGUCCGAGGCCAGAGCGGAGAUGGAGCGUCAGGCGGAGCUUCGGGCGCGACUUGAGGAAGAGGGCGUCCAACCUAUGGCAAAAAAGAGGCAACGACGGGAUGUGAUUGCGCCUUUUGCGUAG